AUGUGGAUAAUUGAAUUAGAAUUGUGUAAUGAUGAUGUCUACGAAUUGAAUCAAGUUUAUCAAUCAAAUAAAACUUUAGUGUUCGAUCAACAUUCACCAUUUUCUUUAGCAGCUGUAUUACUUCGAAUGAAUCUAUUUGAUAAAGCUAAAAACUAUUAUCAACAAUUAUUUGAUGAAGGGUCAAUAAAUGAAAGUUUAUCUAUCGAUCUUAUCGUUAAUUGUUACUGGAGUUUAGUAAUUGAUGAACGAUUUCCUUCAUAUCUUCCAUAUCGUAAAGUUUCAUAUGAAUUUGUUGGAAAAAUAUAUCAAUCAAUGCGUGAUUAUGAACAAGCUUUGAAAUAUUAUAAUGAUGCAUUAAAUACAAAGCUUAAAUAUGAACCAUUAAAUGAUCCGACUAUUGUAGAGAGUUAUGAAUUUAUAGCCGCUCUAAAUGGACAUGAUAUGGUGGUACGCGAAAUAAUUUCACGUUCUGCUAACAAAGCAAAACUGAUUGAGCUUGAAGGCCGUGUGCACAGCAUUAGUGGAGAUCUUGUAGACAAAGUAACUGCAUUAUGGUGUGCUCUUGACCGAGCUCAUUUUUCUGUGGCACAUACUCUGAUUAAUCUAGGUAAAGCUGACGUUAAUCACGGUCCGCUUCAUCCAUUAUUGGUUGAUGCUACCAUUAAGGGACGAUUGGAUAUUGUUGAGUUCUUAGUCGAAAAUGGUUCUGCUGAUAUUAACCAGACAAAGACAAAUGAUGAAAAUAAAUCAAGUAGUCUUAUUGUAGCUGCCAGUCAUGAUCAUACACAAAUUAUUGAAUAUCUUCUUAAGAAAAAUGUCGAACUCGAGUCAAAGACAUGUGUUGAUGAAAACACAGCAUUAGCUGUAGCAGCUAUGGAAGGUCAUUUGGAAUCUAUGGAUCAUUCUGAAAUUUCGUUCAUUUUACACGAACUCAAUUUAAGUGAAGAUUGUGUUGCCAAUAUUUACAAUCAUGGCUCAUACGCUCAGGGUACAUGUACACCUAAAUCUGAUCGAGAUCUGAUAAUUGUUACUCGUUCAUGUCAAAAUCGCCUAUGGUUUCACAGUGAUUUUGAUUAUUUUCAUGGAUUCGAAUUACAUAAAUUAUUCAAUAAAUAUGAUGUUUGUAUAUAUUCAGUGGAAAAUUUUCAACUAGCAUUAGAAAAAAAUUACUUAUUCUGUGUUCAAUGCUUAUUUUUACCAGAUGAAUUUAAAAUUAAAGAAGAAAUCGACUUUCGAACAAUUUAUCUAGAAAAAUAUUAUAAUAUAGAACGAAUAAAAAAAGUGGCUUUUUAUGAAAUGUUAUCAUCGUUCAACUUGCUUAAUCCACCUAAGAAUCCAAUUUAUCCAAAACGUAGUUCAACUGAAAAUGAAAUAAAUCAACCAUUGUCAGAUUUUAUAUUUAAAAAUUUAUUUCAUGGUAUUCGUUUCUUAGAUAUUGGUGAACAAUUAAUUCAAACACGAUCAGUAUAUGAUUUUACUCGUGUAUCAUAUAUACUUAAUGAGAUGAAAGAUAUACGUGGUGAUCCAACAGACGAAUCAAAUAAACAUCGUGUCGUUGAAUAUGUUCGUAAAAAAAGUGCUGAGUUCAAAUCAAAAUUAGAUGCACUUGUACCAACAAACAUUAUAAAAGGUACAUUCAAAGUAUAUAUUACAUUCGAUUGUAAACGUAAUUCUGAACAAGUCAUUGAAAAAUUAAAAAAAACAUGUCAAAAUACGAAGUAUAAAAUUGCAUUCAUUCAGUUAUGUGCUGAUCAAAAGAAAAAAAAUCUUCAACAAUUAAUAGCAUUUUCGUAUUAUCACGGUGAAUAUCCAUCGAUUAUAGAACAAAUUGAAAGAAAAGUUCAUGAACAAUUUAAAGAUUUUAAUAUUCUACGUAUACAAAUAAAAUCAUUAGCAUCAAAUGAAGGUGUACCACAAACUAAUAUUGAUAAACAAUUAUUCUGGAAUGAAAAAUCAUAUUAUUUUGAAUUUCAUUAUCGAAUUAUUUUAAAACGAGAGCUUGAUGGAGACUUUUUAAAACUUCUUCAGAAAAGAUGUGAAUCGAAUUCUACAUAUAAGUUAUAUCUAUCACCUUAUGCAUUUAAACAAAUAGAUCAUAAAAAAUUUCAUUAUAUAAUUAUAAUGCGUUUAUUUGAUGUUGGUCGAGAUGGAGCAAUUCAAAUGAAUUAUAACGUUGUCAAAUAUGACAAAGGAAUUCUUUGUCUACCAUCAAAUGUGGAACCUGAGUUUAUUGUCUAUGAUACAAACAUGGACUCGAUGAACAUUGAAAAUGUUUAG